UCCGGCCGGCUGCUGGUACUGAGAUAAAAUCAGAGGUAAGGCUGAGCGCUACAUAUUACCCGAUGGGACGUUUCGGCCUGAUUCUUUGGGUCUUCAAGCUUGUUGGCUCCAGCCUUCAGAAAAUGUUUGCAUCUGAAACCAGUGCAGUUGUGAAGAGCGUCGGAGCGGAGGAGAAUCUGAUUUCUAACACCAACCUAAACCAGAAAGUGGAUCUUCUGACUCUGGUCCGAGUCAGAGAGGGGAAAUUCUUUGAGUAUCCAAAGUACACAGCGGUGGACUGCACCUUGCCUGAGCUCAUCGAGGAGGAGGAGGAGUUUUCUCCUGAGGUUGAAGAAGAGCUUUUAGUGAAGGACUUCAAGACUUCCUUAGAGACCAAGGGGAGCGGUCAACUGGGGGGAGGAGUUCCAACUGUUGGGGAAGCUAAUGUCUCUGCAAGCUCUGACACUGUGGAUGGUCUGGCUGACUGUGUCAGCAUCAAGAAGAAGACGGCCGUCCUUAAAGGUGUGAGGGCCAAGUUCGACGGCAGGAAACUGAAGAAAGCAAAACUGAAGCAGCUGAGACUGAAGGACAAGGACAGGCUGGCGUUCGUUCAUCAGACGGUUUAUAACACUGGACCUGUGAAAAUGAUCAAGAAGUCAUCUCAGGACGGAUCCAUCUCAGCGUCCUACCAGAAGUUCGUGAAGCUGCUGUUCAAGGGCAGCAUAAAGGAGGAGACAAGCUUCACCGUCCCAGAAAAAUCCACCUUUGCUUAUGGGCUGCAGGAGAUUGUGGUGGAGGAAGAGAAAAUGGAAAUUCCUUUGGAACCCUGGACUAACAAGAAGAACUAUGGUUUUCUCACACAUGACAGCAUCGACUCAGAUCUAUUGCAACAGGUCAGAGAAGGCGUUUCGGUUAAAGAGUUUCUUCUAAAGCCGCUCCGAAAACUUCCUGAGUCGACCUGCAAGAACCUGCUAGAGAAACUCCAAGAGGUUCUGGAGGAAGGAGGUGCUCUGAGCCUCCUGGAGGAAACGCUGGAUCAGAGCAGCAAAGGAGAUUAUGAGCGUCCAAAGUCUAAGGCCGUCUCGUCCCUCAUGGACCUCCUGGAUAAGUCCAAAGAGUCUUCCAAUGUGAAGGAUGCUAUGCAUCUUCUGGUCAGUGCGAUGGAAGCUCUGCCAGAGGGAGCGGUGAGAACUUUGACCUCCGGCAGUCCUGAAACUCUGGCUGUUCUCAGUCAGAUGGUGCAGAGUCUGAAGGACGGAGGUGACGUCUCUCUCCCAGAGUCUCCACCCGUCUCCCUGCAGCAGGACGGGGAGCUGCGCUGGGCGGCUGACCUCCUCUGCUCCUCUGAUGAGACACUGACGGAGCUAAGUGAGAGCUGGACCCGACCACCCGAUGUUCUGCUGGAGGUUGUUGCUCUGACCGUGCUGGGAGUCCACAUCCUGCAGCACAGAGAGUGAAGCUGGUGCUGCUGGUGGAGGGUUUCAAGAAAAGAA